AAGAAUUCACCAUUUUGUCACUUUCAAAACCACCCGUCCACGCUACACUAUACUCUCUAGAUAUUUCCCUCCACUCCCAAUAUAUAAAAACAACCCCAACUCUGUCUUUAACAAAUUCUCUUAGCUUAGGGUUCUUCUAUUCUAUUCUGUUCUGUUCUGUUAUCCAAAAUGGACAGAACAGUUCUACUAGUUCGUUCUCUCUCUUCCAACAGAUUACUCUUCCGCUCUUCUCGCAGACUCUCUCGCUUUUCCUCUUCUCUCGCCCCAAAACGCCACCGUAUAAUCCCCAAUCCCGCCGCCAGAAAAUCCUCUCUCCGCCACCGAUUGCUCCGCGCCACUUCAUCAUCCUCCUCCCCCGCCGCCGCCGCUUCCUUCAACGUCAGAAAACACUUCUCCUCUCUCUCCCCACGCGCCGUCGCCACUCCCUACACUCACUCUCCUUCAGAGUUUUCAGGGGUUGACAAUGAGGCUGCGGAGAAGCUCGGGUUCGAGAAAGUUUCCGAAGAGGUCAUCGGAGAGUGCAAGUCGAAAGCCGUGCUUUUCAAGCACAAGAAGACCGGCGCCGAGGUCAUGUCGGUGCUGAACGACGACGAGAACAAGGUCUUCGGCAUUGUCUUUCGCACUCCACCAAAUGAUUCCACUGGGAUUCCACACAUACUGGAACACAGUGUAUUGUGUGGGUCAAGAAAGUAUCCCUUGAAAGAGCCAUUUGUUGAAUUAUUGAAAGGGAGCUUGCACACUUUUCUGAAUGCUUUCACAUAUCCCGAUAGGACUUGUUACCCAGUUGCUUCAACAAACACAAAGGAUUUCUAUAAUCUGGUAGAUGUAUACCUGGAUGCUGUCUUCUUCCCUAAAUGUUUGGAGGAUUAUCAGACUUUCCAACAGGAGGGUUGGCAUUAUGAGCUCAACAAUCCUUCAGAAGAUAUAUCUUAUAAAGGUGUUGUUUUCAAUGAGAUGAAAGGUGUCUAUUCUCAGCCUGAUAAUAUAUUAGGGCGGGCAGCUCAACAGGCUCUUUUCCCAGACAAUACUUAUGGUGUUGAUAGUGGGGGUGAUCCACGAGUUAUUCCCAAACUGACAUAUGAGGAAUUCAAGGAAUUUCACCGUAAAUAUUAUCACCCCAGCAAUGCCAGAAUAUGGUUUUAUGGAGAUGAUGAUCCAAUUGAGCGCCUUCGGAUCUUGAGUGAGUAUCUAGAUAUGUUUGAUGCAAGUACUGCUCCCAAUGAAUCAAAGGUUGGAACACAAAAACUAUUUUCAGAGCCAGUAAGGAUUGUUGAGAAAUAUCCUGCUGGUGAGGGUGGGGAUAUGAAGAAGAAGAAUAUGGUAUGCCUUAAUUGGUUGCUCUCUGAUAAGCCCCUAGAUCUGGAAACUGAGCUUACCCUUGGGUUCUUGGACCAUCUUAUGUUGGGAACUCCUGCUUCUCCACUAAGGAAAAUCUUGCUGGAAAGUGGAUUAGGAGAUGCCAUUGUUGGUGGUGGGGUUGAAGAUGAGCUCCUCCAGCCUCAGUUUAGUAUUGGGUUGAAGGGGGUCUCUGAAGAUGACAUUCAAAAGGUAGAAGAAUUAGUCGUGAGUACCCUUAAAAAACUAGCAGAUGAAGGUUUUGAUGCAGAUGCUGUAGAGGCAUCCAUGAAUACAAUUGAGUUUUCUCUCAGGGAAAACAACACGGGAUCAUUUCCUCGUGGUUUGUCACUGAUGCUUCGAUCCAUUGGGAAAUGGAUAUAUGAUAUGGACCCCUUUGAGCCAUUAAAGUAUGAGAAACCCUUAGUGGCCCUAAAAGCCAGAAUAGCACAGGAAGGCUCUAAAGCUGUUUUUUCUCCUCUAAUAGAGAAAUUCAUCUUGAACAAUCCUCAUCGAGUUACAGUAGAAAUGCAGCCUGAUCCUGAUAAAGCUUCUCGUGAAGAAGAAGCUGAGAAAGAAAUCUUGAAGAAACUUAAAGCAAGUAUGACUGAGGAAGAUCUUGCUGAGCUAGCACGUGCUACACAGGAGUUGCGACUGAAGCAGGAAACUCCUGACCCACCAGAAGCUCUAAAAAGUGUCCCAAGCCUCUCUCUACUAGACAUUCCAAAAGAACCUAUUCACAUUCCUACAGAGGUUGGGGAUAUAGAUGGAGUAAAAGUUUUGCAGCAUGACCUCUUCACAAAUGAUGUCCUUUACACUGAGGUUGUCUUCAAUAUGGGUUCACUGAAGCAAGAGCUUCUCCCCUUGGUACCACUUUUUUGCCAAUCAUUGCUGGAGAUGGGUACAAAAGACUUGACUUUUGUGCAACUUAAUCAGUUAAUAGGAAGAAAAACCGGAGGAAUAUCAGUUUUUCCGUUCACAUCAUCUGUACGGGGCAGGGAGGAUCCAUGUUGCCAUAUAAUUGUUAGAGGCAAAGCCAUGGCAGGAUGUGCCGAAGACCUAUUCAACCUGGUUACCCGUGUUCUUCAAGAAGUCCAGUUUACGGAUCAGCAGCGGUUUAAGCAGUUUGUCGCACAAAGCAAAGCUAGAAUGGAGAACCGGUUAAGAGGUGGUGGUCAUGGAGUUGCGGCUGCAAGGAUGGAUGCUAAGUUGAAUGUUGCUGGGUGGAUUUCUGAACAGAUGGGUGGUGUCAGUUACCUGGAGUUCUUACAAACUCUUGAAGAGAAAGUUGAUAAAGAUUGGGAUGAAAUUUCUUCAUCUCUUGAGGAGAUUCGCAAGUCCAUACUUUCGAGGAAUGGUUGCUUGAUAAAUAUGACUGCUGAUGGAAGAAUCCUUUCAGACUCAGGAAAGUUUGUUAGCAAGUUUCUUGAUUCACUUCCCAGCAACCCUCUUGUUGGAGCAGCUACUUGGAAUGCUCGACUUCCUUCAGAAAAUGAGGCCAUUGUGAUACCAACUCAGGUUAAUUAUGUUGGAAAAGCAGCUAACCUUUAUGAAACUGGUUAUCAACUUGAUGGGAGUGCAUAUGUAAUUUCGAAAUACAUUAGUAAUACUUGGUUAUGGGAUCGUGUGCGUGUUAGUGGUGGGGCUUAUGGAGGCUUCUGCGACUUUGAUACUCACUCAGGAGUAUUCUCCUUCUUAUCUUAUCGUGACCCCAAUUUGUUAAAGACACUUGAUGUAUACAAUGGAACUGGAGACUUUCUCCGUGGGUUAGAAAUGGAUGAUGAUACUCUUACAAAAGCUAUUAUUGGGACCAUCGGAGAUGUGGAUUCAUAUCAGCUUCCUGAUGCCAAAGGUUAUAGCAGUUUGUUGCGGCAUUUGUUGGGCAUCACAGAUGAAGAAAGGCAAAGAAGACGGGGAGAGAUAUUAUCAACCAGUUUGAAAGACUUCAAGGAAUUUGCGGAUGCAGUUGAGGCAGUUAAAGAUAAAGGUGUUGUGGUUGCGGUGGCAUCUCCAGAUGAUGUUGAAGCUGCUCACAAGGAAUUUUCUAACUUCUUUCAAAUAAAGAAAGCCCUCUAAGACCAUAACAAUAAAAAUGCUGCUGAGGAUGGGUAAUUCUCAGAUACAAUUUUUUCUUCACUGUUUGAUAUCUCAAAGAGUUCCAAAUUUUUAUGUAGAACCAAAAUUCAGUGAUAGUAGAUUACAGGAAGAACUUUUUGUAACAUGAAACUUGUACCAUAUCAGCGGUGCUAAAAGACAUUUCACAUUCAUUACAUUAUAUAAUUCCCAUCAAUUUAUUCA